AUGGCUGAGGCCAGUAUUUUAGUCGAUCAGAAUCAGUUCGUCUGUCCAGUGUGUCUGGAUCUCCUGAAGGAUCCGGUGACUAUCCCCUGUGGUCACAGUUACUGUAAGGUGUGUAUUAAUGGUCACUGGAAUCUGGAGGAUCAGAAGGGAGUCUACAGCUGUCCUCAGUGCAGAGACACUUUCACUCCAAGGCCUGUUCUUCACAGAAACAACAUGCUGGCUGAAGUGGUGGAGAAACUGAAGAAGAAGACUGAAGAAGUCCAAGCUGCUUCUCCUGCUCACUGUUACGCUGGACCUGGAGAUGUGGAGUGUGAUUUCUGCACCGGGAGAAAACACAAAGCUGUCAAGUCCUGUCUGAUCUGUGUGGCUUCAUUUUGUGAAACUCAUCUCAAACCUCACUAUCUAUCUCCUGCUUUUAUGAAACACACAUUAACAGAAGCCUCAGCAAAUCUACAAGAGAAGAUCUGCUCUGAACAUGACAAGCUGAUGGAGAUUUACUGCCGUACUGAUCAAACCUGCAUCUGUUAUAUGUGUACUAUGGAUAAACACAAAGGACAUGACACCGUCACAGCCACAGCAGAAAGAGCUGAGAAACAGAGUGAGUUAAAGGAGGAUCAGAUGAAAUUCCAGCAGAGAAUCCAGGAGAAGCAGAAGAAGGUGCAGGAGCUGAAACAGACUGUGAACACUAUAAAGCUCAGUGCACAGACAGCAGUAGAUGACAGUGAGAGGAUCUUUACUGAGCUGAUCAGCUCCAUGGAGAAAAAGCGUUCGGAGGUGACGGAGCUGAUCAGAGCUCAGGAGAAGGCUGAACUGAGUCGAGCUGAACGACUCCUGGAUCAACUGGAGCAGGAGAUUGCUGAUCUUCAGAGGAGAGUCACUGAGCUGGAGCAGCUUUCACACACACACGAUCACAUCCAUUUCCUCCAGGCUUUAGCUUCUGGACGUCAAUCUCGUCUAUUAGACAGACCAGACUUUGACACAUCCAGCAUCACUGUCCCUCAACAUCUGUCAUUUGAUGGAGUGAGGAAUUCUCUCUCAGAUCUGAAGAAGAUACUGGAGGAAUUCUGUGAGGAGGAAUUCAACAAAAUCCUUCCACAUGCUGCAGCAGUUCAGAUCAUUUCACCACCAGAGCCACAGAGCAGAGAAGAGUUUCUGAAAUAUUUCUGUUAUCUGACUCUGGAUCCCAACACGACACAUCCUAACCUCAUUCUGUCUGAGAAGAACAGAGCGGUGAGAUACAGUGAGAGAGAGCAGCAGUACUCUGAUCAUCCAGAGAGAUUUGACUCCUGGUCUCAGGUGUUGUGUAAGGAGAGUGUGUGUGGACGCUGUUACUGGGAGGUGGAGUGGAGCGGUGAUGUUGGUGUGUUCAUAUCAGUCUCAUAUAAAGACAUUAGCAGGAAAGGAUGGGGUUAUGAGUGUUUGUUUGGAUUCAACAAUCAGUCCUGGAGUCUGGAGUGUUCUUCUUCUUCUCUCUCUUUCUAUCACAACAACAUUAAGACUGAUCUCAGAGUUCCAUCACCCUCCAGAAUAGGAGUUUAUGUGGAUCACAGUGCAGGAACUCUGUCCUUCUACAGCAUCUCUUACACCAUGAAGCUCCUCCACAGAGUCCACACCACAUUCACUCAGCCCCUAUAUGCUGGGUUUAGGCUUGGCUGGUGGUCUGGUUCUCCAUCUGUGAGAUUGUGUGAUCCAGAAUAAUGUGUGUAGAGUUUUGUGUAAAAUUCCUGCCCAUUACCAAAUUGUUACUCAAUCAUCUGUCUUACUAGCACACAAUCCAGCUGCACAGUCAUCUUUAUUUUCUAAGAAACACUCAUAAGGCAUUUUACACUGAUUAAAGAGUAAAUGUUAAAUAUUAGAUGUCAGAGAAGAAACUAGUAAAAAAAGUAUGGAAAUGAUCAAAUGAUAUCUUGUAACUUUAGCACUGUAAAGUUCUACCUUUUUGUUUCAUAUGAAGCAUCCUCUCAUUAAAUCCCUAAUAAACAGUAAUAAAGUCAGUACAGUACAACAUUUUAAACCUGUUAGGAUCACACUCUAGAAAAAUAAAAGAUCAACUUUUUAAUUCAGUUUGUUUUUUCUGCUUGUGUUCUGGAUGUAAAAUACACAUUCACUUUGUAAAGUCUGAAGUCUAAACCCU